AUGUAUCUAAUAUAUCCCAAUUUUCCAGCAUCUCUAUCGGCCAUCCAAGGUAUCAUGAUAGCGGCCUUCGUAAUCUACAUUAUAAUGCUACUGAUCAUGAUCACACAUAUGUACAUCGUCAUCGACUCUUAUCAGCCCAUCCCUGUCAUGUUUGUUUACAUCAUUGCGAGUUUUUUCACGGCAAUCUUGCUGACGGCUGCUUUGAUAACGUACGGUGUGGUCGUUAAGAGGAAUUUCAGCUUCUCUUACGGGCUUGUUGUGAUUGGCGCCUUCUUGGCAUUCCUUUCCGGCGGGAUGUCCAUACUUCAUAUGAAGAUUUUGUAUUGA